AUGAGCAGCAGGCAGAGCGUGUCCUACUCUUCUAAGAGCCGGAGUGGGGGUAGUGGUGGCGGAGGGGGCCGUGGGCUCUCUUCGUCCUCCUCUGCCUUGUUUGGGUCCAGUGGUGGGGGCCGGUUCUGUUCGUCUGGCAGCAGCUACGGCGGUGGGAGUUUUGGUGGCGGAGCCUGUGGCCUGGGUGGGGGCAGCUUUGGGAGUAGCUUUGGUGGGGGCAGCAUGUAUGGGGGGAGCAGUAGUUGCGGCGGCUUCGGCGGUGGCUACAGUGGUGGCUACGGAGGCAGCUUCGGUGGUGGAGCCGGUGGGGGCUUCGGAGGAGGCUUUGGAGGAGGCUUCGGAGGAGGUGCUGGUGGAGGUUUUGGAGGUGGCUUUGGCGGUGGCUUUGGUGGGGAGGAUGGCGGGCUCCUGUUCGGCAAUGAGAAGGUGACCAUGCAGGGUCUGAACGACCGGCUGGCCUCCUACCUGGACAAGGUGCGUGCCCUGGAGGAGGCCAAUGCUGACCUGGAGCAGAAGAUCCGUGAAUGGUACCAGAAGCAGAGCCCCAGCAGCCCUGAGCGUGAUUACUCUCAUUACUACAAGACCAUCGAUGACCUGAGGAACCAGAUUAUCACCACAACAGUGGAGAACAACAAGAUCAUCCUGGACAUUGACAGCACUCGCAUGACGGCCGAUGACUUCAGGAUGAAGUAUGAAAUGGAGCUGAACCUGCGCCAGAGCGUGGAGGCCGAUGUCAACGGGCUGCACCGGGUCCUGGAUGAACUGACCCUGGCUCGGUCUGACCUGGAGAUGCAGUUGGAGUUGCUGCAGGAGGAACUGGUGGCUCUCAAGAAGAACCAUGAGGAGGAGAUGAAACAGCUGACAGGGCAGCGGAGUGGCGAGGUCAGCGUGGAGAUGAAUGCUGCUCCCAGCAUUGACCUCGCCAAGGCCCUGAAUGACAUGCGCCAGAGCUACGAGACACUGAUCGAGAAGAACCACAAAGAGAUUGAGGACCAGUAUGAGGCCCAGAUGAACCAGUUGCACCAGCAGGUCACCUCCCACAGCCAAGAGAUCCAGACGACCAGCAGCCAAGUGACUGAGCUCCACCGGACCCUUCAGGGGCUACAGAUUGAGCUCCAGUCCCAACUCAGCACUAAAGCUUCUCUGGAGCAGAGCUUGGAGGAAACCAAGGGUCUCUACUACGCGCAGCUGGCCCAGACACAGGAGCAGAUCAGGUCCAUAGAGGCCCAAUUGGGCGAGAUCCGUGAUGAGAUCGAGUGCCAGAGCCAGCAGUACAAUUUGCUGCUGGAUAUCAAGACCCGAUUGGAGCAGGAGAUAGCCACCUACCGCAGCUUGCUGGAGGGUGGCCAGCAGGACAUUGGCAAUAUCUCAGGAGGAUCUGGGAGAGGAGGCGGUGGAGGCGUGUUCGUAGGUGGAGGUGGAAGCGGAGGCGUAAGUGGAGGUAGCUUCGGGGGUGGAAGCGGAAGCGGAACUGCUGGCGGAGGAAGUGGCGGCAGCAGCGGCUUCGGGGGUGGGAAGUCGUCGCAGGUGCAGGGAACGGUGAACGCCUCUCAACAUUCAGCCCAGCAUGAGGACCAACAUGGGAGCCAGAAGAGAUACUAGGAGAUGAAUGGCAACACCCCAACUGGCCUGCCCAUGCAGCCUGAGCAUUAGUCCUUCCUGGCAUGCUCACCAUAGCUGAGCUUGGUUCAGGAUGGUGGGAGCAGCACACCUUUGCCCUCUUCCCUCCCUGCCUUAGCUUUGCAAGGGCAGCCUGGCCCGAGG